GUCCCUCAAAAAUCAAAACCACAGCACUGCAUAUUAGAUUUACAUUGAGCAGAGAAGGUUAAGGAGAUAAAAUUCGAUCGCAAUGGCGUUGAAGUUUCUGAACAAGAAGGGAUGGCACACGGGGAGCUUGAGAAACAUAGAAAACGUAUGGAAGGCGGAGCAGAAGAAUGACGCCGAGCAGAAGAAAUUGGAAGAGCUCCGCAAGCAGAUUCAAGAAGAACGUGAGCGGUCCGAGUUUCGUCAACUGCAAGAGCAAGCCGGUCUCGUUCCGAGGCAGGAGAGGUUGGACUUUCUUUACGAUUCGGGAUUAGCUGUAGGAAAAGGCUCCUCUAGUUCCGCAGCUGGAGGGUCGUCCGGGGUUGCCUUCAAGGCCCUUGAAGAAGUCGUUCCUCCCACCACCGAGAAUGCGUCAGCGUCGGCGGCAGCCUCUUCCACUGUUUUAGGAGCCUUAUUCGAGGAUAAGCCGCAUUCUGCCAACGAUGCUUGGAGGAAACUUCAUUCUGAUCCCCUGCUUUUGAUUCGCCAGCGCGAGCAAGAGGCGCUUGCUCGCAUCAAAAAUAACCCCGUCCAAAUGGCCAUUAUUCAGAAAUCAGUUGAAGCAAGUAAAGAGGAGAAGGCUCAAAAUAAGAAGCACCACCAAAAAAAGAACAGUCAUCGCAGUAAAAAGCAUCACAAGCAUUCAUCAUCUGAAGAGCGACCAGAUUCAGAAGAUUUUCGUGUUGAAAGGGACAAGACUAGAAAUACUAGCAACUCUAAGAGGCCUAAAUAUGAUGAUGAGUGCUAUAAAGCACGAGUAGUUUCUGAUGAAAAAUCAAGUAAAAGGGAAAGUGAAACAAGAAAACAUCGGUACAAGGGUUCCAACGACAGGGAUCUAACUCCUAAUGGGUUCUCAGACUUCAAAGCUGCAAAACAUGAUGAUCAAGAUGUUGUUAAGAAGAACCAUGACAAGUUUAAGAGUGAGAAACAUUUGAUGGAUUACCAGACAGAUCCAGAUGGUCGUAGAAGGGAAAGGGAACCCAGAAGUUCUACUCAUAAAAACGAAAAGGAAACUAGAAGUUUAAGUGAAGCAAGAUCUUAUAAUUCUUCUGCUGCAGUUAGUCACGAUUCACAUCAUAAUGGUCAUAGAAGGGAAAGGGAACCCAGAAAUUCUUCUCAUAAAAACGAAAAGGAAACUAGAAGUUAUAGUGAAACAAGAUCUUAUAAUUUUCCUGCUGCAGCUAGUCGUGAUUCACAUCAUAAGCACCGGACUGUAACUCCUAAAUUAUCAGAAGAAGAACGAGCUGCUAAGCUGCGAGAAAUGCAAGUGGAUGCUGAGUUGCAUGAAGAACAAAGGUGGAACCGUUUAAAGAAGGCUGAGGAGGAGGAUGCACAGGAAGCUAUCCGUGGUAGCAUAUCUGGUGGUAGUAACUUCCUGGAUGCAGCUCAGAGAAGUAUGUAUGGCACUGAGAAGGAGGGAAGCUCAACCAUUGAGAAAAAUGUCCGUCGUCGAGCACAUUAUUCACAAGGAAGGACUGAAACGGGUCAUGGAAAUGCUUUUCGGCGGUGAUUUACCCAAUUUCACAUUUAGUUUGUUGCGUGUUAUAAAAUUUCCAGGUGUGUUCUUUCCUUCUUAGUUAACAAAUCCAAUUACAGAAAAUUGUACUUUAUAUUUACAAUUUUCGCUGAUUUUUCUCUCCUUCAUAGUUUGUUGCUUGUAUAACUACUUAUAAGCUCUACUUCUCUAAAAAAAUAUAUUCAAUGAUUUGGGAAAUAUUAUAGUUCCAUGAUUCAUA